AUGUCAACUGAAGAAUCCUAUUUUUCUUCAGAAUCCGACCCGGAUUCCGAGGAAGAUAUUGCUGAUUCUGAAGAAAACACCUCUGGAAUAUUAUUUUUUAAAAGAUCCCCGAACGAUGAGUCUAGACUGGCACGCAAUAGCAUAAUUUACAAGAGGAAUUCCUUAGAGAAGGGCCUGACUAAGGAUAAAAGAGUUACUGUUCAACAGGUUUUAGACAAAAGAACAUAUAUAAGGUUAAAAAGAUUACAUGGUCGUGGUAUUUUUGACUUCAUAUACGGAGUUAUAAGCACCGGUAAGGAAGCCAAUGUUUACGAAGCGGAAGGUACACUUCUAUCAACAAAGCAUAGAAUUGCAAUUAAAGUUUAUAAAACUUCAAUUCUGAUUUUUAAAGAUCGAUCAAGAUAUAUUGAGGGGGAAUUUAGAUUCAGGAGAUCAUAUGUAGGAACUAAGAAUCCGAGAAAAAUGGUUAGCCAAUGGGCUGAAAAGGAAUUUCGAAACCUUCGUAGAAUAUCUUUAUCAGGAAUUUAUUGCCCUUGCCCUAUAGCUCUUAAGGACCAUAUUCUGGUAAUGGAGCUAAUCCAUGACUCGAAUGGAAGAAUUGGAACAAAAUUAAAGGAUUUAGGUCAGCUGCCUGUAUCAGAAUGGCUUCUAAUUUACUCUCAAGUCAUUUCAAUCAUGAGAAUCUUGUACCAAGAAUCCAAGCUCAUCCACGCAGACUUUUCCUCAUAUAACCUUCUCUACUCAGAAUCCAGGGUUGUUGUUAUAGACGUUUCUCAGGCUGUUGAAAAUGACCACCCAAACUCAAUGUACUUUUUGAAGAGGGAUUGUGAAAAUAUAACUACUUUCUUUACCACAGUUUCAUUUGAUAAUCCAAAUGAAGAAGAUUCCGAUUUUUCUAUUGAUUGUGACCACUCUGACAGUGUAUUACAAAACUCUUUCAAUAUACUGACGUCGUUUCAGCUGUUUAAUUUUAUAACUAUGGAACUUGAUCUUGGAAAUGAGUUGAGAGUGGAGUCGUUGGAUGAAAAUGUAGAUGAAUACGUUAAUAAGAUGGUUUAUACGUCAAAAAAUGCCAAGGUUGAUCACUUAAGGGAAGUCAUAAUGAAGAAAAGGUUGUUAUACAACGCCUUUUACAAUCAUGUAUAUAACUUGUUACUCAUUAAGGAUCCUAUAAUUUUCAUCAAAGAACCUUUUGAGAGUGUAAACUUCAUUUCAAACCAGGCUUCAUGGAGUUCGCUUAAUCAUCUAAACCUUUCAUCCUUAACUGUGGACAUUUUGGACAGGUUGGAGAGGGAAAACAAUUUACCAGAACCUAAUAAGACUAAUUAUGGUAAUGAGGAUUCUUUAUUUGAAGAUAAUCUUGAUUCUAAUAGUUCGUCUGAUCAGGAUGUUGAAUCACCUGAGGAUAACGUCAAGUUUAACGGGAAGAUACCAGAAGGGAUUGAUCCUAAGGAGUGGAAAAGGAUGGUUAAGCAAAUGAACAGAGAACGUAGAGAACACAAGAUACCCAAACAUAUUAAAAAGUCAUUUAAAAACAAGCACAGCUAA